CCGAAAAAAUAUCCCCAAUUCCCCACCCCAACUCGCAACCCUAAUCGCAUUUCGCCGCCUCCACCCCGUCGACUUCUCCCUUCUCUCGCUAACCCUAGCCCAGCCCACCGCGAGAUCUGCCCCGCGAGAGCAGCCAUGGCGGAUACGCUCGACAUGACCCUCGACGACAUCAUCAAGAACAACAAGAAGAGCAACCCCUCCUCCGGCGGGGGCCGCCGCAGCCGCGGCGGAUCCGCCUCGGGCGGCGGCAGCGGCAGCGGUGGGGUCGGCCCGACCAGGCGCCCCUUCAAGAGGGCCGGGAACAGGCAGGCUCCCUACCAGCCGCCGAAGGCCCCUGACGCGGCGUGGCAGCACGACAUGUACCCCGGGGUCGCCGCUGGAGGAGGCAGCGGCGGGAGGGUCUCGGCUAUCGAGACGGGCACCAAACUCUACAUCUCCAACCUGGAUUUUGGCGUCUCGAACGAGGACAUCAAGGAGCUUUUCUCCGAACUAGGUGAUCUAAAGCGAUCCUCAAUAAAUUAUGAUCGAAGUGGGAGGUCCAAGGGAACAGCUGAAGUUGUAUUUGCAAGGCGUGCUGAUGCUGUAGCAGCCGUGAAGAAAUAUAACAACGUGCAACUUGAUGGGAAGCCCAUGAAGAUAGAGAUAGUUGGGACCAAUACUCCAACAGCAGCUGCUGCCCUUCCAGUCGUUAAUGGAGGCCAGGCUAGGAAUGCUGUGAAGAGUGCACCGAGGGGUGGCCCAACCGGUAUGCCGCAGCGUAGACCUCAUCAAAGGGGUGGUGGAAGGCGUGGUGGUGGAUCUGGUGGUCGUCGUGGCAAAGAGCGUAGUAAGCCAAGGUCUGCUGAAGAACUUGAUGCUGACUUGGAGAAGUAUCAUGCUGAUGCGAUGCAGACCAACUAAAUACCUUCACCAAGUUGGUAUUCGACGUCAAAUAUGAAGGACAUUAGUCCUUUCAUUCCUUCUGUUUGUGCUACUAUGUUCUGGGGACAACAAAACCUUAUGUUUGUGGGGGUCUUGCUUUACUGAAUUUUAUGUGUUUACAUAGAACUAGAGUUAAGUGGGUGAUGCUGAACACUGCUAUGGAAAUUACUUGGUUACCUUUAGUUUCUGUAUCUAAUGCUGCGGAGUGAAGAAUCAUCCAAGUUGCUCCGCCUCCGCAUGUGAAAGUUGAUGUAUGAAGGCUCUCUCAUUUGCUUUGACCCUCACCAUACAAUACAACAUCAUUGAGGUAAAAAGGACCGGACUUCAAAUGUCCCCUGGUGAUCUAGUUUCAUGAUUUUAUCACGAUGUGAUGUUGAUCAGAUGUUUGCUGUACUGGUUCAAGCUCCAGCCAUCUUAGUAGCAGGUGGCUGUCCCCUUUUUAUUAUGAAGCAUUGCGAUAUUUAUUUUGGGCAUCUUAAGCGAUCAUCUCUGGCACAUAAAUGGUUUGCAUGAGCUAAGAGGUGCCUCGUUCUUUUAAAAGUUGAUUCCUUUCUUGCAUAAUCCUCAUCGCUUCAGUUGUCAACAAGUCAUUGUGGAUCUGGCUGUCGCUAAUCUGAUUGAAACAUCAUGGUUCAAAUCCUGCUUCAAGAUCAGCUAUUGGUAGUUAGUGGUAGCUGUGAGUAACUGUUGAUGCUACUACAUCAACGAUACUACAUCCUUUUGGACUUUGGCUCUUUGCUUUCUUAUAUUUUGGUGCAAGCAUAUGGGCCCUCUAUGAUGGUUGAUCUCAACAACUGUGCUUGGUUGAAAUUAUAUCAACUUGCUUGAGGAUGCACAUGGAGUCCUGUGCCUCUUGCCCUGAAAAUUAGUUUUUAACUUUAGACUUCCUUUUUUCUUGCCUGUCAUUGUGGAGUUGGAACUCGUUUCAACUUCAUUUCUGGUGGCAAUCUCUCAAUCAUCCUGGCAUCCCAAUUCUGCAUGGGAUUACUGGAGACCAUGGUUGACUUGUGGUGAUGGUAUUUCUUGUUAAUGUGCUGAGGUCGACAGUUUCAGUAUAAUUGGUAUAUCAU